AUGGCUCAUUCCAAGCUUAUAGCAGCUGCAUUGUUGAUUUUACUCUUUGUUGAUCUUGCCUUUUGUGCAAGAUUAGGUAAGACGGUAAACGGUGGUGGUGGAGGAGGUGGAGGAAGAGGUGGUGGUGGUGGUGGUGGUGGAGGGUUAGGUUGGUCGGGUUCAGGAUAUGGUUCGGGGUAUGGUUCCGGGGAAGGCUCAGGAUAUGGUGGGGGUGAUGGAGUGUUUGGACGAGGCGGAGGAGGUGGAGGAGGAGGUGGUAGUGGAGGUGGUGGAGGAGGAGGAAAUUCAGGGAGGGGGAGUGGUUCUGGAUAUGGGUCAGGAUAUGGAUCAGGGUACGGGUCAGGUGAAGGAGUAGGUAAGGGUGGAGGUGGCGGAGGGGGUGGUGGUCAUGGUGGAGGUGGUGGUGGUGGUGGCGGCAAUGGAAAUAAUGGUUCAGGAUAUGGUUCGGGUUAUGGAAGUGGAAGUGGCUCCGGGUAUGGAAGUGGUGGUGGAAGAUCAGGAGGAGGUGGCGGAGGCGGUGGUGGUGGAGGUGGUGGUGGUGGAGGCGGCGGUGGAGGAAAUGGCAAUGGUUCAGGGUAUGGUAGUGGCUCAGGUUAUGGAUCAGGAUAUGGUGGAGGAAAUGGAGGUGAUGAACCUUGA